AUGGGUCUUCAUCACAAAUCAGUGACGCCGAUGAUCCGGCACGUCAUUAAGAACAUAUCCCUCCUCUGCCUGAGCCUAACGUUCCUGCCGUUCACCAGUCUUGUCGUUCUGGUGUGCCAGGUGUACACGAUUUUGUCAACAUGGCUGAACCCAAAACGUGGGGCGCCAGAAGUCGCCAAGACCAUCCUGGUUACUGGUGUCAACAUGAAUAAAGGCCUCUCGACGGCUAGAUUAUUUCACAGUCAGGGCCAUCGAGUCGUAGGGGCAGACACGCACCGACUAUCACCGGCAAGGGUUUCCGUGGCUCUUAGCCAGUUUUAUGUCCUUCCCGAGCCGUGCGACACGGAGCUUGAGCCUCUCAGCGCUCACACGACGGCGUACGUAACCUCGCUAUUGCAGAUCAUCACAGCAGAGAAGGUCGAUCUCUGGGUAUCAGUGUCAGACGUCAACGCGGCCAUACAAGAUGCACAGGCUCAGCAGCUUAUUGAGACCUGUACCAAUACGAGGGUUAUUCAACUGCAAGAGACCCAAGUCAAAAUGCUGCACAACAAGGCGUUGUUUAUGAACCAUGUUCAUUCAAUCGGUCUCAGGGCUCCGGAAACGAAAACUGUCUCAAGCGCUGCAGAACUUGUCGAGUUUCUAUCAGCUCGAGGCGGCUUGUCACUCAGCAUAUCCGGCGGUACGCAAUACCUGGUCAAACCGGUUGAUGUCAACGACAUUGCUCGCUUCGACAUGGCUUUGGUGCCCCGGGAUAUCGAGCAAGACACAAUACAGGCGAUCAACACGAUCCCAUUCAAGAAUGGAAAUCGGGUUCCGUCUUUCCAAGUCCAAGAAUACAUUCAGGGCAGGGAGUACUGCACACAUGCUCUGGUGAUUCGAGGCCAAAUUCGUGCCUUCGUUGCUUGUCCUUCUGCAAGCGUCCUGAUGCACUACUCGGCACUAUCACCAUCGUCACAUCUCAGCCAGAAAAUGCUGCACUUCACGAGAUCGAUCAUUGAGAAGGACUCCACGGAUUGGACGGGGCACUUGAGCUUCGACUUCAUCGUCAGGUCGAAAGCCAGCAGUAAUCUAGAGGAAGACCAGCAUGCGGAGAUUUACCCGAUAGAGUGCAAUCCAAGGGUACACACGGCCGUUGUACUCUUCAACGAAACACCAGGGCUGGUAGAAGAUUAUCUAAGUGUACUGGAGCCAGAUGUGGCUCACCAGCCGGUGGAGCCUCGGUAUCCUAGAACUUAUCGAAAGUACUAUUGGUUGGGCCAGGACUUGGUCGAGCUCGCUAUCUUGCCCACCAUUCGAGCACUACUCAUGCCCAACGGCGGUGAUACCUCAAUUCAGCAGUCGUGGUGCAAGUUUUGGCAUCACCUUUGCCACUGGAAGGAUGCAACCUUCGAGGUAAGUGACCCAUGGCCAUUUUGGUGGCUCUAUCACGUGUACUGGCCCGUCCAGUUUGCCUGGUCUUUGAGAACAGCACGUUGGCAAAUGAUCAACGUCAGUACCGGCAAAGUAUUCAAGGCGGCAUAA